CAGCUACGCCUGCCUGUGGCCGGCGAGCGGGGGGCGGAAGGGGUGGUCGGGCCCGGAAGCGGAACGGGCAAAGGCGGAAGUGAGGGCCGGGGCCUGCGAGACGCACCGGCGGGAGCGGCGCUGCGGGCGUUGCAACCUGCCUACAGGUGGAGAACCUGCAGCAUCCUUAACUCUAGGCACUCCUGCACUUAGACCACCACAAUGGCAGGUCGAGGUGGAGCUGCCCGACCGAAUGGACCAGCUGCUGGGAACAAAAUCUGCCAGUUCAAACUUGUUCUCCUGGGCGAGUCAGCGGUGGGGAAGUCCAGCCUGGUCCUGCGCUUCGUCAAGGGGCAGUUCCACGAGUACCAGGAGAGCACAAUUGGAGCUGCCUUCCUAACACAGACAGUGUGUCUGGAUGACACAACGGUGAAGUUUGAGAUCUGGGACACGGCGGGGCAGGAGCGAUACCACAGCCUGGCCCCCAUGUACUACCGGGGGGCUCAGGCUGCCAUCGUGGUCUACGACAUCACCAACACAGACACAUUUGUACGAGCCAAGAACUGGGUGAAAGAGUUGCAGAGGCAGGCUAGCCCCAAUAUUGUAAUUGCACUAGCAGGAAACAAGGCAGACCUUGCUAACAAGAGAGCUGUGGACUUCCAGGAUGCACAGACAUAUGCAGAUGACAACAGCUUGCUGUUCAUGGAGACGUCAGCGAAGACAGCAAUGAAUGUGAAUGAAAUCUUCAUGGCAAUAGCCAAGAAACUGCCAAAAAACGAACCCCAGAACGCUCCUGGUGGCCCGGGCAGGAAUCGGGUGGUGGACCUUCAGGAGAGCAGCCAGCCCAGCAGAAGCCAGUGCUGCAGCAACUGAGCAGCUGCUGCAGCCCAUGAGCCCUUGGAGGAGUGACUGGAACCCACGCUAACGAUCGCACUUACCGUAGGGCGGCUGCUGCCGGCGCCGCCGUGAUUCUCCAUCCCUUUCUGAUCAUAGGCUGGAGGGAGUUCUUCCACCUGCACCUUUCUGUACAAAUACUAAUUCAAUUCUAAGUCUUAAGUCACUUUUUUAAUAUAUGAACUUCUGCUCUUCCCUCUUCCUGGUGGUGGUGGAUGCAGGAGCUGGUGUCUGCCCAGCCAGCGUGGCCGUCCCGCAGGUGAGGCCAGCAGCAGCCAGGUCCCACAGCACUGUAGUUCACUAUGGGAAACAAAGGGAUAUUGGGACACGUGUUUAAAGUUCCCUGUCUGUAAGAGCUGAGGCUGAUCCCGUAUGAUGUGCCCAGAACAACCACUAAACUGUAGCAUUAGAGACAAACUCCGGCUCUUGGGCCACUUAUUGACCAAAUCAACGAUGAGUAUUUGGGGUGGGGCAGAGGGAAGCAAAACUGGUUUCUUCUGUAUUUUGUAUUGUAUGUUUCUCCAUGUAACCAAUCAGUAUCUUGUCAAUAUAGUACAUCCAACGAGCUGCCUGUUGUCUUUCUUUGUGUUGGACUCCAGCAUGCCAACUCUUUCUUUUCUCUCGGUUCUGUCGUAAUGCACUAAUCCUGUUGCAACUUUUGCAAAAAAUCUUGUAUAGAAAUUUGUCCUUUUCUUGAUGGUUGUGAUGCCACUAAUAUUGUUAACCCUGCUCUGGUGGGAAUACACAAGGUUUACUGAUGUACAGAGGUGGGGUGGGGGAAACCUUGGGUAACCUGUUGGUGGGAAUGACAUGUAUUGAAAAGCCUGUAAUUCCACAAAGAAUGAAGGGAGGUAUUAAAUGGCUUCUGUUGCCAGACUCUAACUGAUGUUGGCUGCUGCCUAGUGCCUAAUGCAGUGUCUUAUGCAUCCUGGUAUUUAAGAGGAACUGUUGACUUAGUCUUCAUCACAAACUUCAGUUUUGUGUGAUUAAAACAAAAUUUUUAUAAACCUAUCAUAACAACAA